AUGGAGUUCUUUGAGAGUCUUGGAGUUGAUAUGGAGAUAUCAGAUAUGUCAUUCGCAGUGAGCUUAGACAAAGGCCGCGGCUAUGAAUGGGGUAGCAGAAAUGGUCUCUCCAGCUUGUUUGCACAGAAGAAGAAUAUACUCAAUCCAUACUUUUGGCAAAUGAUUUGCGAAAUUAUCCAGUUUAAGAAUGAUGUUCUCAGUUAUGUUGGAGAGCUCGAAAACAAUCCAGACAUUGAUCGCAAUCAGACCUUGGGGCAGUUUGUAAAGUCGCGGGGCUACUCGGAGUUAUUUCAGAAGGCUUAUCUUAUUCCAAUAUGUGGUUCGAUAUGGUCGUGCCCCUCUGAAGGAGUAUUGAGCUUCUCUGCUUUCUCUGUUCUUUCAUUUUGCCGCAAUCACCAUCUACUUCAGCUCUUCGGCCGCCCACAAUGGCUGACUGUCAGAUGGCGUUCACAUUCUUAUGUCAAUAAGGUCAGAGAACGACUUGAGAACUGGGGUUGUCGAAUAAGAACUAAUUGUGAGGUGUCUUCUGUUGUGUCAGCUGAUGAUGAAGGUUGCACUGUAGUAUGUGGAGAUGGUUCCGAAGAAAUGUAUAAUGGCUGCAUAAUGGCUGUUCAUGCUCCAGAUGCGUUGAGAAUACUCGGAAGCCAAGCUACAUUUGAUGAAUCGAGAGUACUUGGUGCAUUCCAGUAUGUCUACAGUGAUAUUUUCCUCCAUCGUGACAAAAGUUUUAUGCCCCAAAACCCAGCAGCAUGGAGUGCUUGGAACUUUCUUGGAAGUACAGACAGCAAAGUAUGCCUGACUUACUGGCUCAAUGUGCUUCAGAACCUUUGUGAAACCACUUUACCUUUCCUUGUAACACUCAAUCCGGAACGUAAGCCAGAACAUACAUUGCUCCAGUGGACAACUGGUCAUCCAGUCCCAUCUAUUGCUGCAUCAAAAGCUUCACUUGAGCUUAAAAGUAUUCAGGGAAAGAGAGGAAUUUGGUUUUGCGGAGCUUAUCAGGGUUAUGGCUCCCAUGAGGAUGGACUAAAGGUGUGA